CUCAACUAAUUAACACUGAAGAGUUCAUUUUAGAUGAAUUUUAUGCUGUGUCUACAUACUUCUGCUUCCUCCUCCAUUUCUUCUCUUUUUUGGCUCUCGUGAGAAGCGGAUAACAGUUGACAGGGGUUUGUUUGAAGUGCAGGAGAAAAGAGGGUGAUGGGUUAAGUAAGAUGAUGAUUGAAAAUUCAAGUAAUAAAGGUCAACAAGCCAAGCAAGAGGGUGAUAGCAGUAAUAUUAUUGAGAAGUUCUCCAAGGCACCCUCUACCUCAAGACAAUGGACAUCAUUCAGAAAUCCAAGAAUUGUGAGAGUCUCACGUUCUUUGGGAGGAAAAGAUAGGCAUAGCAAGGUUUGCACCAUAAGGGGACUCAGGGACCGGCGCAUUAGGCUGUCUGUGCCCACAGCAAUUCAAUUAUAUGAUCUUCAAGAUAGGCUUGGGCUCAGCCAACCAAGCAAGGUCAUAGAUUGGUUGCUUGAAGCCACAAAACUUGAUAUUGAUAAGCUCCCACCACUUCAUAUUCCUCAGGGUUUUGCUCAAUUUCAUCAACAAACCCUACUGCCUCAUCAUCAUGAGUCAGGUACUACUCUAUCCUCUCUUGGAGGCUUUUAUGAUGCUAAUUCCCCAUUUAUGAAGGAUAGGGGAAAUCAAAACCUCAUGGGAAAUAGACUAAAAGGUAAGGAAGCUGCAAGUGUGUCCAUCUCCAAAGAAGAUGAACAAGAAAAUCCAGAUGGAAUUGGUGGUUAUAAUAGGCAGAAUUCAGCUCAUAAGAUCUUCCCCAUUGGAAAUAGCUCUUCUUUAUCUGGGUUUCUAAACAAUGUCAUGACAUUCAACUCUUACAAUUCUCAGCCUUCAAGUUUAUCUUUGUCCCAAUUUGGAAGCCAUGGAUUAUUUCCUUCCCAGGUAGAUUCUGAUCCAAGUAGUGGCAGUGCAGUGCAGUUUUCAUCUUCUUUGCCUGUACCAUUUGGUUCCCAAUUACUUUUUUGUCCUUCUUCUCCUUCACUUUUUACUCCACAUGCUCCAUUUAUGGUCAACUCAGAGGAAAGUGAUCCAAGACAAUUCAACCAUAUUCAGAUCUUGAACUCAAGUUCUCAAGGAGUGUCUCAUCCACCUCUUAGACGCCUUCCAACUCCAUUUAGUUCCAGGCUUCUUGAUUCAGAUAAGGGUAAUACUCGUUCUUGAAGCUCCUCUUCGUACUCCUUUUCUUGAUGAUGUCACUUUUGUUGAUUGUAUGCCUGCAAAGGAUGUGAACAAGGCUUAGAGGGUAUUCUUCAAAGAAAUUAAUCUAGAUAAUAAAGCACAUAAUUUACAUUUUUCACACUCAGCGUGAAGAUGAAUAAUUAUGUAAGUAUUACGGAAAGUAUUAGUCUCAUGCAUGUUUCGUGCAUAAAUUAUUAAGAAAAAAUUGUGUGCACAAUACAUGCACAAUAUGGAUGCUUUCCCUAAUAAUAAGUGUGACAAUGCUGUACAUAUGGAAUAAUUGUGUUUAAAUUAAUCCUUGUGAUUGUAGCUAUAAAUACAUUGUUGA